AUGUAUUGGCGAUUAGGAUUCGGGGUUAAUAAAGAGAUUGAUCAGAUACUCGAUAACCAUAACGUCGAGCUUGAAGAGAUCCUACAAGAAGAUUCCGUCGUACACGAAUCUAAAUCUCAUAAUUACAGACUGAUAGAGUAUUUGACACUGCCGCAUAACCUCAGAAAGCUUCUAAGCUACUCUAUUGGCAAGGCAACAGUUGAUGACGACAGGAAUAAGCUGAGAUUCCCGUACGUGGCCACCGAGAUAUUGUCCAGUGAUAUUCCUGCGAUACACAAUACUCUACUAGAGCCUUCAAAUCGCAACGAGUACAUACAGCCAUUCUGGGAUUUUAUUAUCAACAAGUCCACCCAAGAGUUGAAUGAUUUAAACCCCUUUGUCGGCUAUUGGGGAAAAAUAUUGGCAAAAUUGUUAGACACUAAGUCAGAUCAAGUGGUUGAAUUCCUCAAAGCUCAACCAUCUCCUAUAGAUUCGUUCCUCAAACACAUUGAAACUCCCGUUAUCGGUGAUUUACUAUUUAGAUUAAUUGUCUCUGAUCACCAUAACUCAUCUCUCAUUGAGUUUUUCACUCAAUCAGAUUUCAUACCAAAAUUAUCAAAUAUUCUCUCUUCAGAAUACUCAAAAGAUGCUCAUUUAGCUGUUUCUGACUUGAUGAAAACUGUCAUCACAUUCUCUGCACCUUCUCCGCCUGCAGCCAAUGGUGAUAAUCAAAUUUAUAUUUCAAACAACUUGGCAAGACAGCUUGCAAGUGAUGACCUGGUUAAUAAGCUUAUCAAUUUUAUCCUAGAUGACGUUCCAGUUGGCAACAAAGUCGAUAGCGGCGACAUAUCCACAAAUCACCUUCCUGAUUCUAUUAAUGACUCGAGUAAUGAACCCAAUAAUGAGAAACUUGCAUCAGUUACUUCUUCACUCAUCUCCAUCUUAUCCAUUUAUAUAGAACUCAUUAGAAAAAACAAUGCUGAUUUCAGCGAACCGCAUUUAUUCCACACACUUAGAAACAAACUCAUUACCAUACAACAAUCUCAGCAUCAAGAGUCUAUCAACAGCCUCAACGAAGAUGAUACUAGUAGCGUGAGUAACAUGAGUAACCUCAACGACGAACAGUUGUCUAAAAAGGAAGAAGAAAAGGAACAGUCUGACAAAGACACAUUAGAGGAAGCAAUGAAUCAAAUGUCUCAAUCUAUCGGUAUAGUACAUUUAGGCUCGAUAUUGAAGGCUUUCACGAAUAGAUUGUCAGACUUUCAGAGCCUGCUCAAUCAUCCGCGCAGCUACAAAGGCAUGAUCAUGUCUUCAACUGGCCCUAUCAAGCCUCUAACAUUUGAGAGGUUCAGGAUAUGUGAACUUUAUGCUGAGUUGCUCCAUUGUUCGAAUAUGGCCAUCUUCAAUAGACCAGCGUUUAACGGUCCACACUAUGACGGCUACGGGAGGCUGAUUGGUGGACUGGAAGCAUUAACACAGCUAUCGCGAGCACUGUCAGAUAGCGAGGAAACGGACGAAAAUGAGGAAAUGGAAGAGAUACCCGUAGACGCACCUCAUUCAGACUCCACUCAUUCGGACUCUACACAUCCACACACACCCCAUACAGCAGAACGCUCUGAGAAUACUCAACAACUACCACAAUCAACGUCUAGUUUGUCCAUACCUCACGCUCACACUGACGAUAACCAAUCGACGCAACUCACUACAGGGGAGAGUCUUAAGAAAGCGUUGAUAAACAACGGAAUUCUUAAAACGCUCACAGACCUCUUUUUCGAGUACGCUAGCAAUCCAUUUCUGCACAACGUAGUCUACGACGUGAUACUGCAGGUGCUGAAUGCACCGUUGGAGCGUGGACUAAAUAUGGAAGUCGCAGUGUCUCUUUUUAACGAUGCUCGCCUAAUAGAGAAACUGUUGAUUGGGCAUGGCAAGGUGAAGGAGAGCGUUGAGAGGAAGACACCGACACCCGGCUACUCAGGACAUGUGAUGCUCAUAGCGGAUGAAUGUCAGAAAGUGUUUGAAAAACACGACACGCUCUAUGAACGCAUCAAGACGUCCUUCCCACAAGACGAAUGGGACGCGUUUGUGCAAGGACCACUAAGAACUGUACAGAAUCUGGAGAAGGAGCCGUUAGGAGGUAUACGUCCGGAUACUAACCCAUUUGGUCAGUAUGGUAAGGUUGAAGGAGACCAGGACGACAGUGAUAGUGAUGAUGAUAUCGGUUUCAUGAGUGCUGGAUUCGGAAGCAGCUAUCGAAGCCUGAGUGGACAGUCGCAUGCCAAUAUCAAUUUCGACGAGGAUGACGAUGACGAUGACUCUUUCUUCAGCUCGUUUAGCUUCAAAGGUGCGCAUCCGCAGUCGCAGUCGCAGUCGCAGUCGCAAUCGCUGGAUGAGGAUGAUAUGAAUGAAGUGGCUGGUGGAGGUGCACAACUCAGCAACUUUAUGAACACAGAUGACGAUGAGUUUGGUGAUUUCACCCAGGGCGGUAUGGAUGACGUCGAUCCGUUCGGUAUGCCGCACUGCAGCAGCUCUGGUAAUCCAUUCGGCGACAAUUUUGCGCCUGCAGCUACACAAAACCUUACACCAGCAGACUGGUCGCGGGACUUUAAGGAGAGUGUAGACAGCGAAGGAGAAGGAGCUGCAGACAUAGUCAGCACUAUCACUAUCCCUGAUUUCGACGACGACGAACACACGGAACACUCAGAACACAUGGAGGAAAUGGAUCACCCAGAGCACUCGCAACACACUCAGAACAUCAAUGAUGCCAUUAAAGGUCUUAAGAUAGGCAAAGUAGUUGAUGAGCGCGAGGCGUCGUCGCAAGCUGACCUCGACACUGGGGCGCCUCUAGGACCUGGCUCUAACGCGGCGGCGGAAGUGACGGACGAGUGUGUCAAGCGCGAAGUGGACGGCGUCGUAGUUGAGGCGCCGAAAGACGACAUGGUGCUGAUAGCCGAGGACAGUGCAAAGACGGAAUGA